GUGCACGCGAUGGGCUGGAACCACAACCACAAGCCAGAGCUGUCACCUCGACAGGAGCUCCGGCCUCGCACCACCCGCUCCAUCUUCCAGCAAAAGACUCCAGCCAGCACUGCUGUCCAAAUGCCUGUACUCAGUUCAAACCAUGGUCCCCACAAAAAGCAGGGCCGUACCUUCUUGACUCUGUCAGACUUCGCAGACAGCAGUGACUAUGUGGAGUACUUACAGGCAAACCUGGUGCAUGGCAUGAGGGUGCGCUUGCUGGAGGACUGUGGUGACGUUAGAGCUGGGGAGGAAGGCGAGUUUCUUCAGAGCACUAACAGCAUGCACACAGUACAGGUUUUAUGGCGGUCAACAGGUCGAAUCUACUGGAUGCGUUGGCAAAUAUUGGAGAUUAUUGGCUUUGGAGACUGGUGGGAAGAUCCUGCUGCUCAGGAAAAGGAACAUAGUCCAAUAAAGAGCUUUAAUCUAGACACAGUUGCACAGCCAUUUUUGUGCAAGCCCUUGGGAGGUCUGUACUCCCUGCCUUACCUGGGGCAGCCGCCGACCAAGGCUGCAGAGGCCCUGAGCCGUGCCGAGUGGUGGGAGCUGCUCUUCUUUGUGAAGAAGCUGGAAGCACAGGAGCAGAAAGAGAUCACCUUUCUCAUCCAGCAUGACCAGGGAGAGCAGGUGGAUGAAGAAGCCUUGAUCCAGCUGUCGGUACCUGCGGAGCUGGCCCAGAAGGUGCUGCAGGUCUUGGAGAAGCGGUGCCAGGGCAGCACUCUGCGUGACCUGCGUGGCUGCCGCGUCUAUGCCAGAUACUUCCUCAGUAGGGGAGCUGAGCAGGAUGGUGGGGGGAGCACCGCAGUGUCCUCAGAGGGCAGUGGCUGCAGGAGCAUUGGCCGUGAAGCCAUGAUGGCCAAGGCAGCAAAGGAAGACCUUUCUGCAGCCGCAGUGCCGCCCCAAGCCCCCAGUGUGGCAGUGAAGUCCGAUUCCCAGCUGUUCAGCGAGCUCCUUAGGAGUGAAGGGCUGUGCUUCCCAGAGGUGACGGAGGAGCAGAUCAAAGUGUUGGGCAGCUCCAAAGGGGUGAGCGAGAGCGGCUCGUUGGCCGAGAUUGCAGCCAUGGUGGACGUGAUCGAGAGCAGCAGCUCAGCGGUGGGGCUGCGCUUAGCUGGGCUCAAGCAAAUCUUGAAGAUCCUGGAGGAGGAGCCCAAGUCCGAGCAGCAAGUUGGCACAGCCCAGGGCAGGCUGGGGACCGGGAGUGCUGGGGAGAAGCUGGUGCAAGUGGCAGUGGAGCUGCUGAGCACUGAGGUGGCAGAGAAGGCGCUGGUGGCGGUGACGCUGCGGCUGCUGGCCGUGCUGAUGGCACAGCACGACUGGCGUGUGCCGUUUGCCACGGAGGGUGGCGUGCGGGCCGUGCUGGCCUGCAUGCAGCAGCACAGCUCCUCCGCCCUGGUGCAGCAGGCUGGCCUGGCGGCCCUGAAGGUGCUGGUGGGAGCUGCAGAUGGUGAGCCAGGAGGUGGGAAGUCCUUGUCCUGGAACCAUGCUGACGUGCAGAUGAUGCGGGAGAUCUUUGCCAGCAUCGGCUCUGCCUCCAGCGAGGGCUCUGCCAGUCUGCUGAGUACUAUCCCUGCUGCCCUGAGCACCAUGCAGAGGGUCCCAGGGGGCUCCUCAGGAGUGCAGAACGGCUUGCUGGUGGUGAACAUGCUGAUGGAUGGGCACCGGGGCCUUGCUGAGCAGCUGGCGAGUUGCGACCUCCCGGCGGUGCUGCAGAGCUGCUGGAGGGAUGGGCAGAGCAGCGGCUGCCCUCAUGCGGUGCUGGCCCUCCGCGCCAUCAACCGCCUCGCAGAGCACGGGUUGCCCCUGGGCCUGGAGGCAGCAGGCAGAGAAGCCCCACUGGACCUGAAGGGUGUGCGGAUGCUUCUGGGCAGCCUGGAGGAUGGUGCUUUGUCCAAGGAGGUGGUGGUGGCCCUGGAACGGCAGCUCUGCGGUGAAGGCCCUGUCCCCUCUGGGCAGGUGGCCCAGCUGCUGCAGGACCACAGCUGCUUCAGGCUGCUGCUGCGCAGCUUGGAGCUGCUGGGGGUGGAGAAGGCUGUGAGCCUGAGCAUCCUCAGGAUCCUGAACAAGUUCCUGGACAGUUAUCAGGAGGAUGUGCUGCCCUGGCACGAGUGUGUGGAGCCCUGUGUGUCCUCCCUGAGCACCCACAGCAGCAGCUGGGAGGUGCUGCAGGAGGUCGUUGGCUUCCUGCACCGCCUGGCCACUGCCAGCAAGGACUGUGUGGUGGUGAUGUGCCACGUGGGCACCCACGAGGCUCUGUCCAAAGCCCUGGAAAAGCACAGUGUGGUUUCGUCGCUGGCGCCAGCCCUGCUCAACCUGGUGAUGGACUGUGAGAAGUACACCAGCCUCUACAGGAAGCUGACAACCAGAAUCUUGGCUGGCUGCAUCCAGCUGGUCCUGGGGCAGAUUGAGGAGCACCGCCGGAGUCACCAGCCCAUCACCAUACCCUUCUUUGAUGUCUUCCUGCAAAACCUGUGCCAAGGUGAGUGCUGGGAGUGGGAACUGACCCCUGUGCUGGCUUGGUGGCUGAAGGCUCUGUGUGCUCUCCCCACAGUGUCCAGCCUGGAGGUGAAGGAAGACAAGUGUUGGGAGAAGGUGCAGGUCUCCUCCAACCCGCACCAGGCCAGCAAGCUCACAGACAGGAACCCCAAGACAUACUGGGAGUCAAAUGGCAGCACUGGCUCCCACUUCAUCACUGUGCACAUGCAGUGUGGUGUGGUGAUCAGGGAGAUGAGCAUGCUGGUGGCCAGUGAGGACUCCAGCUAUAUGCCAUCCCGCGUCGUGGUGCUGGGUGGGGACAGCCCUGCCACCAUCAGAACGGAGCUCAACACAGUUACCAUCCUGCCUUCAGACAGCAGAGUGAUCCUGCUGGAGAACAUGACCCGCUUCUGGCCCAUCAUCCAGAUCCGGGUGAAGCGGUGCCAGCAGGGUGGCAUUGACACACGUGUGCGUGGCAUCGAGGUGCUGGGUCCCAAGCCCACUUUCUGGCCCGUCUUCAAGGAGCAGCUGUGCCGGCGGACAUUUCUCUCCUGCACUGCCCAGGCUCACGCCUGGGGCCAGGAGAUCUGCCGGGACCGGGGGCAACUGCUGCAACUCUUUGGGAGACUGAACCGGGCGCUGCAGCACGAGCAGGGCUUUGCUGACCGCUUCCUUCCUGAUGACGAGGCAGCCCGGGCAUUGGGCAGGACGUGCUGGGAGGCCCUGGUGAACCCCUUGGUGCAGAGCAUCACUGGACCAGACCCUGAUGGCAUCAGUCCCCUGGCCUGGCUGCUGAGGGAGUACCUGGAGAGUGUGGAGCCGCCCCGCCGUGCCAGGGGACACAGGACUGCCUUUGGAUCCUGUGUGCGGCGCCUGACCCAGCUCCUGGUGCACGUGGACCCUGGUGGCCCAGAGCCGGAGGAGACAAGAGCAGCUGGUGAGAAGACGGGGAAGAACAAGGAGGUGCCGGCCAGGGCUGCAAAGGCAGUGGUGAAGUCGAGUGGCCUGUGGGGAAUCUCUCAGUGCUGGCGUGGCGUGGUGCAGCAGCAGGUACAGCAGUUCCUGGAGGCAGCAGGGCAGGUGCCAGACCUUGCAGAGCAAUACUGCGGGCUGUACCAGCGCCUGCGCAGUGCCACAGAGGAGCUCUUUGGGCAGCAGGCCGCCUUCAUGCUGGCCCUGGGCCAGGGCUUUGCAGGGGCUUUGCUGCAGCUCUCCUUCCUGACUGCCCUGCAUGUGAGUGAGCAGUUUGCCCGCUACCUCGAUGUGCAGAUCCAGGAGCUCCGCAGGGCAGCACAGGGCAGCACAGGGCCGCUGGAGCGGCUGCAGCAGUUCUUGGAGCCCUUUGUCGUCUUCAGUGGCCUGGAGCUCGCCCACAGCUUCGAGCACUUCUACAGGCACUACCUGGGGGACCGGCUCCUGACGCAAGGGCCGUCUUGGCUGGAAGGAGGCAUCGUGGAGCAGAUCGGGCUGUGCUUCCCCAGCCGCUUUCCCCAAGAUAUGCUGAGCAACUUGGCUGAGUCAGAGGAGCUCCAGCGGCAGUUCUGCCUCUUCCAGCUGCAGGAGCAGGAUAAGCGGCUGCUGGAGCUGGACACGGGCCUGGAUGAGGUGCUGGAGACAGCCUCGGUGGCAGAUGUGCCAGAGGUGAAGGUGCUGGCCCUGUCCCCGCGCUGCUGGCCUGUUUCCCCACUCUGUUACAUGGAUAACCCUGGGAGGUUUUUCUCGGCAACGCUGAGCUCCCCCCUGGAUGAGUUUGCUGACUUCUGCCAGCAGAGCCAGAGCCAGCUGGGCUGGGAGUGCACGAAGCCCCAGCGAUUGCAGUGGACGUGGCUGGGCCACGCUGAGCUGCAGUUUGGAGACUGUGUCCUCCACGUGUCCACGCUACAGAUGUACAUCCUGCUGUGCUUCAACAGUGCUGAGGAGGUGACUGUGGAGGCCCUGCUGCAGGCUACAGGGCUCCCUGCUGACCUGGUGCACCACGCGCUGACACCGCUGACCCACGGCCAGGGCGUCCUGGUGCAGAGCUGCACACUGGGAGGUGCACUGCGGCUGAACCAGGUAGCCCUGGCCCAGGCCUCUGGCCACCACCUGAGGCUGCUGCCUCAGCAGAGAUACCUGCGGACAGAGAGGGCUGAGGUGAGCGCCCUGGAGAGGAAGAGGAAUGUCCUCUGUUGCCUCAUCACCCGCAUCCUCAAGGUGGAGAAGCAGCUCCACGUCGACAACCUGGUGUUCAGGGUGAUUGAUGCCUGUCAGAAGGGUGAACUGGGGCCAGGUGUGCAGUUUCUGAGCUUCUGCUGCCACAGCGUGGAUGUGCUGUCCUGUGUCCUGCACCUGUUGAACCAGGGCUAUCUCCGGCGCCAGGAGGGGAGGCCUCAUGUCUUGGAAUACAUCUCUGCUGAACCUACGACACCUCUUGGGGGCCAGGCACAGAUGACUUUCCAGUGCAGGCCACCACAGGCAUCUCCAGAUGAGGACAGCAUAGACAGCCUGCAUUGGUUGAAUCCUGGCAUAAACAGGGCAGAAGAAUAUCUUAUGGCAAUGCUGCAGGUGCCAAUGGGGCACACGCUUAGUCCAGAGGAGGCAAAGCUGCUCAUGAACCAGACAGUACAGCAGGUCCAGGACACUCUGAGCAUAUCGGAUGACGUUGCUCGGCACCUCCUCAUGCACUGUAAGUGGAACGUGGAUUUCCUGAUCCAGUGCUAUGUGGAGAACCGUGAUGCUCUGCUCAUCUCCUCGGGGCUGCAAGUGCAGGAUGUCCAGCCUCCUCCGAGCCCUGGAACCCACUGCCCAGUCUGUGUGAACCGGCUGUGUCCCACUGAGAAGCCACCAACCCUCUGCUGCAUGCACUACUGCUGCAAGCCCUGUUGGAGGGAAUAUCUCACGACUCGCAUUGAACAGAACAUAGUUGACAACUGCACCUGUCCCAUAUCUGAGUGCUGUGCACAGCCAACCACAGCCUUCAUUUACUCCAUUGUGUCCUCUGAGGAGAUCAUAGCGAAGUAUGAAAAAGCCCUCCUCAGACGCUAUGUUGAGUGUUGCUCCAACCUGACGUGGUGCACCAACCCUCAGGGCUGUGAUCAGAUCCUCCUUAAGGAUGGACUUGGUUAUGGAGCAGCCUGUUCCAAGUGCUCCUGGAUAUCCUGCUUCAACUGCAACUUCCCAGAGGCCCAUUAUCCUGCCAGAUGCAGCCACAUGUCUCAGUGGGUAGAUGAUGAUGGAUACUAUGAAGGAAUGACAAGUGAAGCCCAAAGCAAACAUCUGGCUAAGCUCAUUUCGAAGCACUGCCCAAACUGCCAGGCUCAGAUAGAGAAAAAUGAGGGUUGCCUGCAUAUGACAUGUGCAAAGUGUAAUCAUGGCUUCUGUUGGCGUUGCCUCAAGCCCUGGAGACCGAAUCAUAAGGAUUAUUACAACUGCUCUGCUAUGGUGAGUAAAGCAGCUUGGCAGGAGAAGCGUUUUCAGGAUUACAAUGAGAGAUGCACCUUUCAUCAUCACGCAAGGGAAUUUGCCACGAGUCUGAGGAACAGUAUUUCUUCCAUCAGAGAGAUGCCAAAAAUUAGGAACUUGACCUUUGUUCUUGAUGCCUGCAAAGUGCUAGAACAGGCACGGAAGGUGCUGGCUUACUCCUGUGUGUACAGCUACUAUAACCAGGACACUGAGAGCAUGGAUAUUGUGGAACAGCAGGCUGAGAGCCUAGAGCUGCUCACUAAUGCUCUGCAGAUCCUUCUGGAGGAAACCCUGCUGCAGUACCAGGACCUGGCCUCCUCUCUUCAGCUUCUGAAAGCAGAGCAUUUCAGUGCUGGUUUGGAGUUGGUACGCCAGAUCAAGGAGCGUCUCUUUGCAAUUCUCUGGCACUCCACACAGGAUUUCCAUGUUGGGCUCCAGUCUUCAGGAGAUCCUGGUCAGAGAAAGUUGAAACUCGCAAAUGUGCCUACUUCAGCCCUUGCCUAUACAGGGCAAAAACAUACCAUCUUGUGUGACUCCCCCAACACAGAUGAAGGUGGCAAAGAGGUUGAAGAUGAGGAGUAUGAUCCACAGUGGCAGGAAGACUAUGAUGAUGAUGAUGACCUUGAUGAAGACAACUUUAUGAUUGAUAAUGAAUCAGAUUGUGAUUCCUACUUUGAUGAUGAUGAUAGCUAUCAUAGCUAGAAGACCACCAUAGAAGUGGUCUGCCACCCAGCCUGCCAACCUGGACCUCUGCCUCUACUCUGUCUCAACCAGUUUGUGUUAGUGUUUUUCCUCGAAGGCAGGGAGGAGCUCUCAAGCGGAACAAAGCAUUUCCUCUGGGAGGCUAAUUGCUCAGUGACUCUUCUUUAAUAUGCAGAAACAUUGCUCUGGGCAGCUAGUCUGUGUUCCUGUGGCCACGUCUCUCAGAAAGAUAUCUCCUUGCCUUUUUUCCUUGUCUCCAGUUCUGCCUAUAGGUAUUUAAUUGAGUUAGAAAGUCACAGUCCACCUGCAAAGUUAGGACUACUUGCCACCUGUUAAAGGGCUGCUCAUUGUCCUUGGAUGUGCUCUUCCCAAGGUCUGAGCACAGGUGAGUGUGGCAUGUAUCCUAGCAUGGCACUGUUUAGAAAUGACCAGUGUCUAGAAAUGCUGUAGAGUGAUGCAUUUACACUCAAGUCAAAGCCUUGCAUCUGGAUCUGGUGGGAUUCCCUCCAGAGCCACAGAUGGAUGUGGUUCAGUUCCUCUAGUUGAGAGGGGCAGCAUUUUUGCUGUUGGGAGUUUUCUUCUCUGCUGUGAAGCAGGAAGGACUACGAGUGACACAAGUUUGCAGGACUGUUUAAGUGUAUAAACAUAUGUUAUAUAUAUAUAUAUGCAGAGAUUGUUCAGAUAAUACUUUAUCUUUGCAAAAAAAAAAAGAAAACCCUGAGGAACAAGGGUUGAAAAAAGUUCUGUUUAAAAAAAGAAACAGUUUUCUUCUAGCACAAGCCUCCUUGUUGUCUGUGGGGAACAUGAAUGGUGAGGGAGAGUAGGAUACCCUCAAGUGAGGAGGAUGUGACCUUGAUGUGCUCAUCCCAGGAGUUAUUUGUGAAAUUGAUGUGGGUUUGGAAUCCUCACCCAGGGCACACAGUCUGCCCUGUAAAGUGCCUUUUCCUUCCUGGGCAGUUC